UUUAAAUCAUGGCAAACAGAGGGAGUUUUAAAAAUAAUGUGACAACUUAUGAUUUUGAGUUUGAUGAGGGUCUAGAAUCAAAAGUACGAGCAAAAUUGGUCGUUGAAAUCAUAAAGUAUUUACUGUAUCAGCGACAACAACUUCCUAUGGUCUUAGAUCAGCUUAAGAGACACAUCUCCGUAACCACAGAUACAGAAACGGUCCGAGCGUGGGUAUCUUUUUUCAACACGUGUAUGUUGAAAUACAUAUUUCGGAGUUACGUAGUAACGGCAAAGCUGGACCAUAGGAUUGGAAGACUUCUUCCGAUACAGGACACGUCACCCCGAAGGCUGCAACAGAAUGGUGUUACGGCACGACCAGACAAACGGACCAGCAGAAGGGAACUUAAGUACGCCAUUAAAGCUGUUGGCAAUCUCGACCAAAUAUUUGACAUGAUCUCACAAGCGUUUGAUAUCUGCCCCGAGAUCCGCAGUAUUUUGAUACUGUUCGGAACUACUCCGAUUAGUCCCAAGGAAUCGUAUUUGCUCACUAUGCCAGCUCUUCAUCCUGAAUUUGAUAGUCUCAGUGUCAAAAACUCUGUGAAAACUCUCUUUCGACAAAUCAUAACCCAGGAUGUAUUGGGCGGCGCUAAGUCGAUGUCGCCUACAAACAUGAUUGUGAUGGUGAAUGCGCCUAAAAACAGCGGCAUCGCCUGGUUCCUCCCUAAACCCAUCUUUAAGCUCCCGGUACGCGGUCGGCGUCACGUGUUCAAUCUGAGCUGCAAGCAGCCACAACCCGCUGACCACAGCAUUGUUUGUUCUGAUGGAAGAGCGGAGAUAUCGGGAAUCGAACCGCUUGAAUCGUCGGCUAUUGACGAAUUUUCUACACGUCUCUCGUUGUCCGGGGACGAAGAAUCAGAGCAGAAUUCAACGAGAAGCUUAUUAGAAUCGUUUGAGAUAUCCCAUUCAGCGAGUGCAAUCUCCACCCUGUCCAGUUCUUCUAGACUAUCCUCCAGUGACGUGACAGUGGUUGACGAGAAAAGCAAACCGAACUCUCCUUCCAGUGACGUCGGCAAUCAAAGUGGCGCGAGAGGCGACGAGGACAUUACCGUCGACUCCACGAGACCGUCAAUGUGUACACACGUGAAUGAACACGUGAUAGAGGACAUUCUGUCCUCGUAUGUUUGGUUUCAAGCCCCGGUUUUUGUAAAAGGUUACAAAGACAAAAGUUCAAAGACCUCUAUAUUUAUGUAGAAUAUUGGAAAAAAUAUGUCAUAUUUGUAACUGUUUCAAAUUUGAUGUCGUAGAAUAUAUGUUUUAAUUCUCAAACAUUUCCACUCAAUGUUUUAAACUAAUGUCCCGUACUGGAUACAGUUUAAUGAUUUUUAAUUCUGUUCAUGCCACCUUGAUGAAGUAAAUGUGUCACCUGUGUCUAUUACCUGUACGAAAGUGAAUAUAAUGUUAUUUUUUAUAUAAUGAAAUCAAUGUUACAAAAAUUUUAUUUUAGAACCGAUUUGAAUGAAUAAUAAUUGUAAUCGUGCAUGUAAAUAUACAUGUAAACCAU